AUGGCUCCGUCUCCUCCACGCCUGCGGAUUCUAUCAGUUGGCGGAAAUGCAGUGUCAGCUUUUCUGUCCUGGCGACUUCAAGCCACAAAUGCCUGCGAUGUAACAUUGGUGUGGAAGAGUGGUUUUGACGCGGUCCACCAAUACGGAAUCUCGUUCAAGUCCACAUCUUUCGGUAACGAACGGUUCAAGCCUCGCAAUGUGGUGCGAGCACCAGAAGAUGCUGCAAGCGUCAAAGACGGUGCUUUCGACUAUGUUCUACUCUGCGUCAAAGCCCUCCCAGACGUCUACGACCUUGCGUCCGUUAUUGAAUCAGUCGUUACUCCGCAACAUACAUGCAUUCUUGUUAAUACCACACACACGUUAGGGGUUGAGGCGCAUCUUGAAUCGAGAUUUCCGAGCAACGUUGUGCUGUCACUCGUUUCAGGCGCCGAGAUUAUACAGUUAGGAGCAAGCGAAUUCGAACAUAAAGGCUCAACAGAGGUAUGGGUGGGACCGGCGAACAAGAAUCCUGCAAUGCCCAGCACUAUCCAAGGAGAUAUGGCAGAUGCUCUGGCCAUGACAUUGAGCAGUGGGCAAGUGGAUUGUCAUGUUUCUACCAACAUUCGACAACAGCAGUAUGAGCGGAUGAUCGGCCCUAUUGCUUUUCAUCCUCUAAGUGUAAUCUUCGAAACCCCGACCCAUAGCGCGUUGCUUGAAAAGGUUGGCGUCAAGGCGCUAGUCUCUGAAGUAUUCGAUGAACUCCUCACAAUCGCAAAUGCUCAGCAGUGCAGUUUCCCUGCGGAUUUCAAAUCAAGAAUUAUGACAGAGAUGGUUAAGCCUACAGAGGCCAACAGCAUCAUGUACCAGGACUUCAUGGCAAAGAGACCCAUGGAGGUUGAGACAUAUCUGGGUUCUCCCAUCAAGCUCGCACAAGGCGCUGGCGUUCGGGUACCCAGGAUCGAGACGCUUUACGCCAUUUUGCACAAUGUGAACAUUGUAAAUCAGCAGCGGAAGGACACUACGGUCGUUUCUCCUCUCGCUGUGAACCCCCCGAUCAGAUUAUCUUCAGCACCUCCUCCUAGACCGGCUAUGAAUGGCUCAGUCAACGGAAAUGGUCCUCCCAGAGGCCGAGGACGAGGUCCUUCAAUGAAUGGACCACCACCUGGUAUGAUGCGCCGAGGACCACCUCCCAUGAAUGGCGGACCUGCAAAUGGCUAUGGACGUGGUGGCUACGCUCCUCGAAACCAAUCUCGGCGGGGGUCCUUGGAAGGCAACGAUCUGGAAGAAUUUAGUCACUUGGUAUUAUACGAUGAUAUUCCAGAGUCUGGAGAAUCGAAUUAUGGUGGGGAUGGAGGUGCUGAUAUCGGUCUUCGAGAACGGGAGUUGAUGUUACGGCAACGAGAACUCGCUCUGCGGGAACAAGAAUUGCGGCUGAGAAAUGGGACGGGUUCUCGUGGUCCUCCUCGCCGGGGACCACCCACACCAUCCGUCCGAAAUGGAGGUUUUGACGAUGACGACGAUGAUGACUACGUUGAUCCUGCAGAUGGACCACCGGUCCCAUUGAUAGACCCUGACAACUUCGACAUGAUGAGCGUCACAUCUCGACGAAACAGAAAAGCUGGCCCGAGUCAGAGCCAGAUCCGUAAGAAUCCGGAGUUCGGUGACGCUCCUGCUGGACGAAGAGGCGGUGGCUUCAUGCGCCCCAACUUUCCCAGGAACAGAUCUAGCGCACGAAUAAUUAGCCAAGUACCUGGUUUACACGACUCUCUCAUGGAUGACCCUUUGAUGGGCUACUCAUCUAAUCGAUAUGGCAAUGUAGACCGAGCUCAGAUGGGAAUGGAUUCUAGAACGAACUCAUUGACAGCAGCACGAUUAGACGAAUUGCAGUAUGGCGGCCCACUUGGACCUAACGGCCAAGGUGGUGCAUACCCUCGGAGAGCAAGUCAGUCACCCGCCAAUCCAUACAGUCCGCAGAUCGGUAGAGGUGGUCGGCCGUCUCCGCCAAACGGGCAUAUGGGACCUUCGAUGAACGGCAGACCUUCGCCUCCAGGAGGUAUGAGACAGCCUGUUCCCCGUCAUCCACCGGGACAAGGCAAUUCAGUUGCACCGCAACAAGUUGAGCAAUAUGCUGGGGUGAGCGCCCUUCAUCCACCCAAAGGUCCUGUACAAGUUCGAAGUCUGACGGGUAGUGCGAGCGCUAGCGCGGGGAGUGGUGACAGCGCCAAUAUUGAUUCGGAGCCCUCUGCGCACAGCAGCCAAAGCAGCUUAGGGCCAAGGCCCCCCAUCGGCGUACGGUAA